UUCUUCACGGAAUCAUUUAGCAGCAGGACCGGAAACGAAGCUGCUGACAACUUCCACACGUGUGGAACAUGUACACACAUUGAGGCUUCAGUGGAUUUGGGAUGCAGCAUUUGUAACUAUAUUGUGCCAGAUCAUCCAGAAGCUCAGGAAGCUGUAAUAGUUAUAUACACCUGAAGCAACUGAAAUAUGGCGGAAAUAAUCCAACAACGGAUUGAGGACAGGAUUCCGGAAUUAGAGCAGCUGGAAAGAGUGGGACUAUUCACCAAAAAUGAAGUCAAGGCUAUGAUUAAAAAAGCAACGGCCCUGGAAUACAAGUUGCACAGAGUGACAAUAUGCAAAGAAGAUUUCAUCACAUAUAUUCAGCAUGAGAUUAACGUCUUGGAGCUGAUAAAGAAGAGAAGAUCGCGCAUUGGUUACCAUUUUAAGAGGGAAGAGAUCGAAUUGACCAUCAUGCAGAGAAUAAACAACGUUUUCCGACGAGCAACUGCAAAGUGGAAGGAUGAUGUGCAGCUGUGGCUGUCCCAUGUUGCCUUCUGUAAGAAAUGGAACACAAAGUCUCGACUCAGCAAGGUUUUCUCCUCUAUGCUGGCCAUCCAUCCCGACAAACCAGCCCUGUGGAUCAUGGCUGCCAAGUUCGAGAUGGAGGAUCGGAAUUCGUCUGAAAGUGCCAGGCACCUUUUCUUGCGGGCUUUGCGCUUUCACCCCAAGAGUGAGAAAAUCUACCAAGAGUACUUGCGCAUGGAGCUGAUGCACGCGGAGAAGCUGAGGAAACAGCAGCAGGAGCUGGAGCAGGCCAAGGUGGACCUGGGAGAGUACGAGUUCUCCGCAGAGAUCAUGGAUGCUAGGCUGGCUGAGAUUGUAUACAGAGACGCAACUGAAAAAAUUCAAGGCGCUGAGUUUGUGCUGUCCCUCUUGAAAAUUGCUGAGAUUUUCGACUUCACGAAGACACUGCAGGACUUCAUAAUUCAGGACCUGCAGAGCAGAUACGCUGAUGACCCCCUCACCUGGGACUAUAUGGCCAAGCGGGAGUUGGAGGCGGGGUUGGGGGCGGAGAUGGGGGCGGUGCCAUCGACGGCCAAGGGCCGUGCGACGGACAUCGCCAGGAGAGAGGAGCGGUGCUGCCUGGUGUACGAGGAGGGCCUGAAGAGCCUCAAUUCAGAGGCCAUGUGGUCCUGUUACAUCACCUUCUGCUUGGACAGAUUCAAGAGGAAGACCAACGUCCAGGAGCUCAAGGACAAGAGGCAGGAGAAGCUUCUGGAAGCGCUUCAGAGGGCCGAUGAGUCCUCGCUGCUGCAGGAGCCUUUCUACAAGAAAUGGUUGCAGGUCUUGGUUGCAGCAGGAGAUACUGAGAGUGCAUCUCGAGUCGCCAUGGCAGCCACAAAGCGCUUCAGCCAAUCGGUGCAGACCUGGAGCUGCAGCUUGCAGUUGCUGGUGCAGCUGGGGAGUGCCGAUGCCGGCAGGCUAUUCCAGGAAGCACUGAAACACGUGAAUCCCAAGGAGAGUCUCCCGCUGUGGCUGCUGCAGGUAGAGUGGAGUGCCUCCAGUCAGAGCCCUGAGGACACAGAGGCCCUAUUCCAGAGGGGUCUGUCCUCCCCGGUACCUGCCGUGUCCAUGGAGAUGAAGGAGAAGUACCUGGACUGGUCCUACAGAACUGGCGGGUACAAGAAGGCCAGAAAGACCUUCACUAGUUUACACGAGAGCCGCCCCUUCUCCAAGGCAUUUUUUACCAGAAUGAUCCAGAUAGAGAAAGAGCAGGAACUUCCAAAGAUCAGCAAUCUGAGGGACUACUACGAGCGGGCGCUCAGAGAAUUCGGCUCGAUAGACAAUGAGCUGUGGCUGAGUUACAUCAGGGAGGAGCUCAGCCCCCGGGGGAACCCAGAGAACUGCGGGAAGAUUCACUGGCGAGCCAUGAAGAGCCUGGAGGGCCAGUGCGUGGAGAACUUCGUUUCCCAGUACACCCUGCUGCAGACAGGCCACAUCUAGAGCGCCCGCUCUGUUUACACAACCAGGAGCUGGCAGCCACGGUGUCGCUCACAUUUCACUGUUUGUUCAGAGAUGCUUUCAAACCUUCUGUCAUUAUGAAGGGCACAAGCGGCUGUGUUGCCAGACACGACUUUUGACUCUGAGAUUCAACUGUUCUCAUUUGUUAAGGUCAGGAUUUUGGUUGACUCUGGCCCCUCCCCCAGUUUGGUUUACUGGGAAAUUCUGUGUCUUUUAUGGCCAAAAAUACACUCUACGAGCUGAGCGUGUACGAAACACAAUUACAAAUCCGAACAACCCGUUCUCUCAGACCUUCGUAGAAUUAAACAUUUAUUAGAAUUUAGAACAUUGUUGCAAUAUUUAACAUCAAAUAAAUAACUUCCUACAAAAUAGUUUUUAUGGGGCGUUUCUGUGCUAGUCCCUCGUCACAUAUUUUGAACUAUUCAAACAGAAAAGCAGGGCUGCUCUGGUUUGGCUACAUGUGCAUUAACUCUUUAAUCCUGGUUUGACACUUGACUUCCUGUGCCAUCCGCAGGCCCUGGCACACCAUUCCAUACAGAAAUAAAAAUGGACGUGAUAUCACAAAUGAUAAAUGGAUAAAUGAAGCACACAAACAUGAUUUAAACAAGAGCGUGUGUCUGUGUAGUCACCAUUAGUUCACGGCUGUAGUGUCACAUUCUGUUUGCUUGCAGGCGUCAAUUCAGGAAAUGCAUUCCGAUAAUCUGAACACGGAUAGGGUGUGGACCCAAAAUAUUUCACAAAUAGUAUAACCUCAUACGAGUAAUGUACAUCGGGCUCUGAACUACAGUAAAGUUUCGUUCUCUUUCA